AUGCGGAUCUUAAACUGUGCUGGCAAAGCAAUUUCCCUGGCGUUCCUGCUCUUCGUGUUCGCCCUCCCUGCAUACAGUCGAACAUCCAAGAUAGUAGACCUGGGAUAUGCCCGAUACCAGGGAACUGCGCUCACCGGGGUCCACCAGUUUCUGGGAAUGCGCUAUGCAGAACCCCCCAUAGGCGAGCUGAGAUGGAGGGCUCCUCGAGAUCCAAGUCCCAUACCGGGCAUCCAGCGCGCAGACACCCUCCCCCCUAUCUGCAUUGGUCUGGGCGAGACCGAGACUGCAAACAAGACAGAAGACUGCCUGUUCGUCAACGUGUUCGCCCCGUCCAACGCAACGCCAGCAUCCAACCUUCCAGUCUGGGUGUACAUCCAGGGCGGCGGAUUCGUGACGAAUGCCAAUGCAAACUACAACGGAUCAGACCUCGUGGUGAAGUCCGAUUCCAGCAUCAUCCUGGUCAAUUUCAACUACCGCGUCGGGCCUCUGGGCUUUCUCGCCGGGGCGGAAGUGCGCGGAAACGGCGACGUGAACGUUGGCCUGCUGGAUCAGCGCAAGCUGCUACACUGGGUCCAAAAGUAUAUUCAUCUAUUUGGGGGCGAUCCUGGACAUGUGGUGAUCCACGGCGCCUCUGCAGGGGGCACGUCAGUCACACACCACCUGGCUGCCCACGACGGGCGCGACGAAGGGCUCUUCGUAGGCGCAAUUGGGGAGUCGAUCGCCUGGACGCGUUCCUUGACGAUCAGCGAGUCAGAUCCCAAUUUCGCGCGACUCGCGGCGCACCUCAACUGUACCGGGGUGAGCCGGAUGCACUGCCUACGAUCGCUGGACGCCAGCACCAUCCAGACACUCGGAAACACUCCGAACGAGCAAGUCAUGGCACUGGAGAGCCAGCUGCUCUUCCAGCCAGUCAUCGACGGUGACCUCUUCACGGCCCCGCUGUACCAUCUCUUCGCGCAGGGCAAGUUCCUGGACGUGCCGUUGAUAGCAGGCUGCGACACCAACGAGGGCAGUCUCUUUGCGCCCAACGCCUCGCAUCGAAGCGACGUUUCCAGUUUCCUGCAAAGCUGGUCCCCACAGCUGCAUGGCCCCCAAGUCCAGCAUCUCGUUGAUCUGUAUCCCCCAGCUGAGUUUGCGCCAGUGCCAGGGCGCGCGCGGUACUUUCCGCCAGCGUCGCAGAUCUUCGCUGACGGGGUCUUUCUCUGUCCCACCGCGUGGAUCGCCAGCCGUCGUCGUAUCCAACGGGUGUGGAACUAUCGUUACAAUGUCCGCGAUCAUGUCGCUGUCGCUGCAGGGCUGGGGGUGCCGCAUACCUUUGAGACUGAGGCGAUAUUUGGCCCGGGCCAGGCAGAGAGCAUCAGGCCUGGGUUUCUGGGAGCUGGGGCCUCGUACAGCACGUACAAUGCCGCAGUGGUGCCGCUGUUACAGAAUUACUUAACUAGCUUUGUGAAGGAUCUAGAUCCGAAUUCCUUUCGUUCGUCAGGAUCGCCGUUUUGGGCGCCAUUCACACCAGACAGCGUAGUUCGCUUGAAGAUCCAGACGAACCGCACUGCCAUGGAGGUCAUGCCUCACGAUCUACAGGAAAGAUGCGAUGUUUGGUAUAGUCUUGAGGGUAUACAGAAAAGUAGUUGA